GUGAUCAUUAUCAUUAUUAUUGUGAUUGUUAUAUUUUUUCUUAUCCAUUCAAACUGUCUGUAAUUAUCUCAAGUCAUAUUAAGAAUAAUAAACGAUAUUUUUUAUUAUAUAUAUAUAUUUAUAAAAAAUAAACCUGUGUGUUAAUGAGUAAAUGUUAAAGUAUUUAAUGACUGGAAAAUUCUUUUAUUUUGACCAGAGUAAUAAAGAAUAAGGUUAUAUACACAGAUAUACAUAUACAUAUAUACAUCUCUCGCUCUCUCUCUCUAUAUAUAUAUAUAAGUGAAUUUCAGAAAUUCAUCAGUAAUUGUUACGUGUGAACACUUAAAAAAAAAUAUCUGAACAACAGCAACAAUGAAUUUGUCUUGGUUUCUUUUUAAACAUUUUGUAUUCAUCAUAUUUUUCAACUAUGCUGUAGCGUAUAGAACAAAUGCUGCAGUGGGUGAAUUUAAACAUUACUCUGAAGAUUCGUUGGAAACCUUGUGUCCGUUAACAUCAGAACUUGUAUCGAAAGCAGUAAAACACAUGGUUGAUGGGCAUACAAAUUAUCAGUAUGAUGAAAAUUUGAUCAGUUUUUGGUUAAAAAACUGUAUUCCUCGAUCAAAAGAAGAAAUAAUACAGAAGCGUCCGUACUAUGGUUGAAGACUGAUGCAAUAAACAGAAGAACUAAUACCUAUUUGCAAUCACUAAUUACUUUACCGAAAUAUACCAUUAUAUCAUACCUUGA